GUACUGCAAAAAUACUGCGUAAGAACGUAUGUUGCCGCAUUAAUGCGGAAGUGAGAUGAAAGUAUAUCUACGCUGCUUGAACUUGAGGCUGGAGAAGCGAAACAACUUCUGAUUGUCAUACAUACUGGAAACACUGCAGCUGUACUCAUUUAGCAGUGUCAGUGCUCUGAAAGGGCAGGAAGACCGACUUUAACAAUGUCAAGUAGUUGGCUACCACUUAUCUUACUUCUGUUUUAUCCAGUUGCCUUGGUCCAUAUAAACAGAAAUGAAUACUAUACUGCAGCAGUUUAUGAACAUAGGCCUGUAUUGAAUCUUAAUCCACAAAGCCUUGUUGAUCGUCAAACAGCAUUGCGUUUAAUGAACUAUAACCUGGAUAUCUAUGAAGAACAGGUAAAUUUGGCCUCAAAACAAGGUGUUAAGAUAAUUGUGUUCCCAGAGGAUGGAAUCCAUGGUUUUAAUUAUUCAAGAGCAUCCAUUUUUCCUUUUUUGGAACCUAUUCCAAAUCCAGAGUUUGUGAAAUGGAACCCCUGUAUAGAACCAGAUAAAUUUAGAGGAACAGAGGUUCUCAAUCGUCUAAGCUGCAUGGCAAGAAAAGGGCAAAUGUUUUUGGUAGCAAAUGUGCCAGGCAAGCAGUUGUGUAACAGCAGUGACCCUCAUUGCCCCUCAGAUGGCAGAUACCAGUUCAAUACCAAUGUUGUCUUCAGUAGUGAUGGUGCUCUCAUAUCAAGGUAUUUCAAACAAAACCUUUAUUUUGAAUCUGCUUUUAAUGUUCCACCUGUGGUUGAGCAUGUGAAGUUUGAAACUCCUUUUGCUGGUACAUUUGGAAUUCUCACAUGUUUUGAUCUGCUCUUCUUUGAGCCAACAGUGACUCUCAUUGAGAAAUAUGGGAUACAACAGGUUGUGCUUCCUCUUGCCUGGAAUAAUCAGCUUCCACUGUUGACUGCUAUCCAGGCACAACGUGCUUUUGCAACUGCAUUCAGUAUCAAUCUUUUGGCACCAAAUAUCCACAGUCCUUCAAUGGAAAUGACUGGUAGUGGUAUAUAUACCCCAGUCAAGUCUGUUUACUACCACAAUAUGACAAAUGCUGAAGGUAAACUUAUUGUGGCUCAUGUUCCUGUAACUGCAUCACAGUCACACCAACUUCACAGUGGAGAGUUUUGUAAAUUAAAAAAGGCAGAGCAUGAUUGUCCUUUUCAUAGAUACAUAGAUAAAGAAUCUUUUGUAUUCACAGAAGGUGAAGAAGAUUAUCACAUGUCUAAAGUGAAGCAAGGUACAAGGGUUUCAGAUGUAUUUUAUGCAGAAAUGAUGUAUGACAAUUACACUUUACUACCACUCUUAAGCAGUAAAGGAGAACUUAAGGUCUGCCACAACUCUCUCUGCUGUUAUUUAGUUUACCAGGGGACAUUUAAUGGUAAUGAGUUGUAUGCACUAGGUGUGUUUGAUGGUCUGCACACAGUACAUGGAACAUAUUAUGUUCAGGUUUGUACUGUUGUAAAAUGUUCUGGUUCCAGUUAUACUUCUUGUGGGGUAGGUGUCACUGACGCAGACAGCCUAAUAAACUUCAAAUUAUGGGGAAACUUUAGUACCAAGUACAUAUUCCCUGAGAUAUUGAGUUCUGAGAUGACUCUGGACUUGGCAGAUAGUAUGGGUUGGGAAAACAACUAUUUUUUCAUGAGCAGAAGUGGAAUGUCUUCUGGGUUAGUAACUGCUGCUUUAUAUGGAAGAUGGUAUUCAAAAGAUAAAGAGUGGUACUAUGUCUGUUCAGCAGAAAAUGACAUUUGGCCCCAUGACUUCCAGUUUUAUAAGACAAGGUAGUAAGCGAAGAACUGGCUGCAAAUAAAUCACAUUUUAACUAAAAUGGUUGCUUAUGUUCUAAUAAGAAAAUAAUGAAGCCCAGACUAUUUUAAGAACUGCUUGUUAAAAAGGAUCUUGGGGACACAGACCAUACACCUGUUGCUUAAAUGGUCUAUGUCCCCAAGAUCCUUAGAAGAACAAGCAUUUUUAUGCUUCUGUAAACACAGCAGUUUAUUUAUGCCAAUGGUGGAGUAUGCUUUUGUUUCCUGUUUUCAGUGCCCAUUUAUAACAUAAAGUUACUUGCUUAUAUAAUUGCUCAAGCUGAAACAUUUCUGUCUUUCAUGUUAUCAUGCCACUCACUUUAUUGAUGUCACUGGCAAGAAGAACUGCAUUGUUGAAAGUAGUGCUUUCCUUUGUUGGGAUUGCUUUGAAAGUAGUCAUGAAGCACAACUGUCAGCUUGCCAGCAGGAAGAGUGGAAUUUGUCAGUCUUGAGUUUCACUGAUAUUGAGAAGGAAUGAAGGCAUUAAUAAGAAGAGGAUGAAUUUUAUUAAAAAGAAUUAGAGGGGGAAAAAACACAGAAUCUCUACUGUGGAGGCCAGUACAAGCCUAUUUUGUAGCUUGCAAAGUGCAUACUGACCACGAUGGAAAAAGGCAAAGCAAAGUUUGUUUCUUGUAUUUUUGUUUUUGUUGAUUUAUCAGCUUCCUGCAUACUUGCUUCAUUUAGUCCUCUGACCUACCUAAAUGGAUAUUUAUUAUAAACUUAGAGUAACCACAGAGGUGCCCUUAUAAUGACCCAAAGCAGUAGAGACAAAAAAGCAAACUUGUAAAACAUAAACUACAUUAGCUGCCAUAAGGAGAAGGUGCAAGGUUCUUGUAAAAACUUUUAUUAUCCAUAAAUUAGUGAUUUCAUUCAUGUAAUAGUAAUGAACUUCUUCAGAUAAGUUUAAAAAAAUAAAAAUCAGGUUUUUAAAUAAGGCCCAAAAUGAUCAUGUGAUCUAAGGAUGAUGUCAUUAAACCCACCCAUUUACAUUUCUUAAAGUGCCAAAGUGCUGUAAAAAGUGCUCUUUAAAGUACACGAACACAGUAAUCUAAAAGUUUGAAAUUAUUCAUUCACUAAAAGCUUUAACCUGCACUGAAUAAAUAAACUUAUUAAAAAUGUAUAUUAAAAAUAACACAACCAAAAAGAGUAAAAAAAAUAUAAAACAAUGUGCAUGUUUUAGUAGGGGAGAGGAAAUCCCCUGAGAAAAGCUAUACAGACACAGGGAGAGUGUGCAGACGUUUCCCAGUGGCAGAAGGUAAGAAAGGAGCCCCUGACCUGAAGCACUGAGUCAGAAAUUUAACCACUAAACCACCAUACUCUCCCAGUACCAAGCUGACGGACUUCUUUAUGCUGCAGGCAGUAUCAUCUUGGUAAGUUUGGCUAUAUUGGGAAUGUUGUCUUUACUUGAAUUCUUCAGCCAUUACCAGGGGCUGGCUUGUGUCCUUUGUUACCACAGGAUACAAGCUGUUAUGUUUCACAGUGUAAUCAGUUUUAGUGUUCUAAAUCCCUUUUUGUAUGCAUUUUAGGCCCAGUUUUAGCUCUGUUUUUAUGUUUACGCAUCUCCUUGGGCUGUACACAUGGAAAUAAUCCAUUUAUUUUAUCACAAUCAAACAACAGUUUUAAUUUUAGAUAAUUGUCUUCUUCUGUUUUACCAUGUUUUGUGUGACAUUAGUCCUUUAUUUUUGUUUUUACUUAAUACAAAAUAAACAUGCUUCCCUAAGUGAG